AUGGGAAGUCACCAGAAUCCGAUGAUACCGCCGGACAUGCCGCCGAUGAUGCCGUACGACAUGAGCCUUUUCGAAGCGGCGGGCAUGGUGCCGCCGAUGUACGCCUUCCAGAUGCCCCCAAUGGGCAUACCCGGCGUCCCAAUCCCGCCACCGCCAGCACCUCAUCAGCUCGGCCUGGACGCUGAGGAUUACCAGCUGGAAAUGGCAGCAAUGGCUGGGGAGAUGAUGUCGCAGGUCAAGUUCUGCCCGCCGCCGGUUGCGGCCCAAUUUGUGGUUCCGCAUCAGCCGCUUCCCCCGCAGUCCCUCGCAGCCGAGAGGCCUGACGUGCACCAGACGGUGGACUCGUACCUCGCUGCGGAGAUAGCGUCAGUGGUCCACACGCUCACCACGUCGCAGCUGACGCACGCGCUCGCCGCAUUCAAGAUAUUUUUCGAGAAAUCCCCAACCAACGCGAAGAGGCUACUGAUGAACAACCCCCAGCUGCUUUACGCGCUCAUCCACGCGCAAUACGUUCUGGGCAAUAGCGACAAAUCGCUGCUGCACUUGAGCAAGACUGAUCAGCAGAUUGCCGCUUUGAAUCGCAAGGAGCGACUUUCAACUGGUAGCGAGGCAGCUUCAAGCACGGAAGAGAGGUCUGAAUCGGUUACUCGCCAUACAGCCAAGCGGCACCGCUCGUCGACGCCCAACGAGGCUGCGGACGAAAAGGUGGAUGCCCCGGCACCUGACGUGGAAACCGGUAAACUCGGCGGCUCUUCACGCCGUCGCGAGGGUAAGACGAAAGAAGGUAGCGUUCAGUCAUCGCGACGUGGACCUAAAGUGCACAAAGACGGGGAUUCGAGGUCGGCUGGGCACGCGACCUCACGCGCAGCUCCAACAGAGAGCCAGUCGGAGGACGUGGCGUCUCAGUCCAGGCCGGCAGAGAGACCUGUUCAGACUGCAGCAGAAUCCGGCGCAUCGCAUGCAGCUCAGUCCCAAUCGCAGCCUGACACGCCGGCCCCGAAACCAGUUGCGAUGGUUACUACCAUUGAGCAGCUGAUCAAGGAGGUUCAGCCUGCGCCGCCGAUUUUGGUGGAAGAGGUGCUGAAGAACACGGAAAUCCUCACCAACAUACAGCGCGCGACGCUAGCAGAGAUGCAGUCGUGGCCAGCAGAGCAGCGCUUGCAGGUGAUGUCUAUCAAGCUCGCUCUUCACUACAGAGGAAUUUCAAUUCACUUGUAG